GCACUAGAGAGUCUACAACCAACAUCGUACUGGGAAGACGAGGCGGAGGAUACGGAAUUCGCCCAAUACGAGGUGUCUGAUGGUGUGUGGGCACAUAGUCUGGACAGAGAAUGGGCAGGCGCGUUCCGCAAACUCACCUACCAAGAACUUCGAUCCCCUAAGUCUCCUCUCACCCCUUGGGAAUACAAAUGGGAGAACUCCAAGAUAGAUUACAACGAUCUCUCCUUCUGGGCGUCUGCAGAUUUACAGAUGUUGACGGAGCUUCGUGACGAAAGGUCAAAGAUUUCCUUACUAGGAAUCUCGUCACUAACCCUGGACUAUAGAACAUGCCGUCGUAUACAUCUUCUCACGAUAUCGACCAAUGAGCCUCAUCCGGACUACACACCGGGUUACGUUGACGUCUUCGAAAGGGACUGCCCUGUCUGGCAAUACUCCAACUCCCUCUCUUACGAGGACCUGCUUGCGCUGAGAUUGAGGGGCCGACAUCAGUCAGGUGGAGGAAUAGUCAUUGAUU